AUGGAUAUGCGCAACAACCUCUUCGGCAAAGGGCCGAGAGGCGGAGUCGGCUCCGGCGGUCCUCCCCCUCCCCCUCGCCCGAACCCCAACGCUCCCCCGCCGGGCAGCUACAACGCUCCGCCGCCGGGCAGCUAUAACAUGCCGCCGCCGGGCAGCUAUAACAUGCCGCCGUCUUACAACAGCUCUCCCGGCAUCAGCAGUCCGCGGAGACCUGUUGGUGGAGGCAAUGCUCCGCCACCUUCGCAGAUGCAGUACCGGCCUAGCGCGCCGGGCGGCCAACAGGUGAUGCUGCGGUUGACCAAGAUCGACGACAAGAACACAUUGGAUGAGUACAUCUAUGGAAAUCUUUGCGCGGUGUCGCCCAACGAUUUCCCCCCCAACCGAGAUGGCUCUGAUCUAUAUCUCAUGCUUCGGGGCCCAGAGAUGUCUGGCUCUUAUGUUGUUACUGCCCGACCCUUGCCCGGCUUCCCAGACGGGACGAUUUACCUCUCGGACCCCCAGCGAACAUGGUGUGGUGUUGGCCUCAGGGAUACCAUAAUGGGCGAAUACUACGACCCCUUCAAGCAAGGCAAUCAGGCCUACCUAGGCUCUAUGGACCUCGAAAUUGGUUUUGCGUCGACGCGGAAGACCACCGAGGAGCAGUAUGACCAAGAUGUCCUUGAGCAGCUGUUCCUCCAGAGAUAUGCCGACCAGGUUCUAGCUCCUGGCCAAAGGAUCUUGAUGGACAUCAAGAACAUCCCUCUCUCGAUCCUGGUGAGGACAGUAAACCUCGUGGACCUAAGCGUGGAAAAGAAGUCCUCAAAGGAAUCGAAUAGCUCCCCAAACGCAAGGGGUAUUCUCGUCAAGGGCCAGACAAAGCUCACUUUCUUCAAAGACGCCAAGUCGCCCAUCAACCUCAAGGCAUCAAGCAGGCGACCUCCAGCAAACGCCAUCAUCUCCCCUGAUUUUGACUUCCGAAGUCUGGGUAUCGGUGGUCUCGAUGAUGAGUUCGCCACAAUCUUCCGACGCGCCUUCGCUAGUCGUGUCUUCCCGCCAGGCCUUAUCGAGAAACUGGGUGUGAUGCACUGUAAGGGUAUCUUGCUCUUCGGCCCCCCCGGUACUGGUAAAACAUUGAUUGCGAGGAAACUUGGCAAGCUGUUGAAUGCCAGGGAACCGAUUGUCGUCAACGGUCCCGAGCUCCUCAACAAGUAUGUCGGUGCUUCCGAAGAGAACGUACGAAAACUCUUCACCGAAGCCGAGAAGGAGUACAAGGCCAAGGGAGAGGAGUCCGGUCUUCACAUCAUCAUCUUUGACGAGCUAGAUGCCGUCUGCAAGCAAAGAGGGUCCGGUGCCGGUGGCGGGACUGGCGUUGGGGACAGCAUCGUCAACCAGCUGCUUUCCAAGCUUGAUGGUGUCGAUCAGCUCAACAACAUCCUUCUUAUCGGAAUGACGAACCGGAAGGACAUGAUUGACGAGGCACUGCUACGUCCGGGACGUCUGGAGUUGCAGAUCGAGAUCAGCCUGCCUGACGAGAACGGCAGACAGCAGAUUCUCAACAUCCACACAGCCAAAAUGGUUGAAAACGGCAUCCUCGACACAGACGUCGAUAUUGCCGAGCUGGCAGCGCUCACAAAGAACUUCUCGGGAGCAGAGAUCAGCGGUCUCGUACGCUCUGCCACUUCGUAUGCGUUCGGUCGCCACACAAAGGUUGGCACGAUCGCUGGAGUGGGUGAUGACGUCGAGAACAUGAGGGUCAACCGCGGGGACUUUAUGAACGCCCUAAGUGAAGUGCGUCCGGCAUACGGUGUGGCUGACGACGAGCUGUCGGAGGCUAUUCCAUACGGCAUUAUCGACUUUAGCCCCAACAUCAAGAACAUCACCAAUGAUGGCCUGCUUUACGCAAAGACGGUCCGUCUCGGUGAGCGACUUCGUCGCAUGUCUGUCCUGAUCCACGGCCCUCCAGGGGCGGGCAAAACGGCUCUGGCAGCACACAUCGCCCUAAAAGCAGAUUACCCAUUCACCAAAUUCGUCACGCCCCAGAGCCUAGUGCCUUUCCGGGACGAGAUGGGCAGGAGAGACCAUCUACACAAGGCCUUUUCAGACGCAUACAAAUCUCCCCUCAGCAUCUUGAUCAUUGACAGCAUCGAGCAACUCAUCGAGUGGAACCCGGUCGGUCCCAGGCUGAGCAACACUAUCUUCCAGACUCUACGGACUCUGCUGCAAGCCCCUCCUCCAAAGGGCCACCGCCUCCUCAUCUUGGCAACGACGUCGCAGCUCUCUACCCUCAGCCAGCUGGAUAUGCUUGACUCCUUUGAUCGCCAGAUCAGUGUGCCCGCCGUCGGCAGGGUCCAGGAGCUGGGCACUAUUCUGAGCGAGAUGAAUGUAUUCGAAUCGGAACAGGAUAUCAACGCGGCACUCAACGGGGUCAACGAGGUUGGAAGCACGGUGGGCGUGGGAGUCAAGAAUGUCUUGACUAUCGCCGACACAGCCACAGAGGCUGGUGACAGCCCGGUGGACUGGUUCGUAGACCAGCUGAGGGACCAGAUGAUGCGGAAUCAGGUUGGGCAAUAUAGAUAG